CUUGCCCAAGGACACAUACGCCCACAAUGGUAGCAGCGUCGGGCCACGGCACCGGAAAUAUAUAUAUAUACACUAUAUGUCAUCGUAAAUACCAGCAGUGACUGAAGAGGUUUCCGCUUCGUAAUAAACAAAGCUGUAUGUUUCAAACGACAACAAAGGCACCAGACACUUCAGAUUUGUACAAUAUGUAUAGAUUUAUAUUUGUUUCUAAAAGAAAAGUUUAGAGUGUUAAAUUUAUACUUGAGAUGCAAUCAAUAAAAAUUGAGAAAAACAGUUGACAAAAAAACAAGAGAGCUGACCUAUAAUGUAAGUUUAUUAAGACUAUAUUAUACUCCGCAGAGUUCCUGAGUCGCAUUACCAUAAAUAAAUUUUAAAACCAUUUGCACCGUUGCCUGAAAAAAAAGGUUACAUUAAAUGGUACACACCCGUUAUCUUAGCUUUCCGUAUUUGGUUUAUAUAUAAGGUUCUUCAGAUAAGUUUAUCAUGUGUGGUAUUUGGGCUAUAUUUGGCUGUAAUUAUGAUGCGGUUGAUUUGUAUACGGCUGCUUUACGAGUUUCUCACCGUGGACCUGACAACUUUCGAAUCUGCAAUCUUUCGCAACUGCGUAACUGUGUUUUGGCUUUCCACCGAUUGCAGAUUGUAGGAGGGAGCGGUGGCAUGCAGCCGAUGACCUUGAAACAAUACCCUCACCUGACACUAUUAUGCAACGGCGAAAUCUAUAACUACAAACAGCUUCAGGAAGAAUUCGGUUUUUCCUAUGAAAGUGAUAGCGACUGUGAAGUAAUAGUUCAUCUGUAUAAUCAAUUCGGAAUUAAGAAAGCAAGCCAGCUAUUGGAUGGCGUAUUUGCAUUUCUUAUAAUCGAUACAGCCAACAACUCCGUCCUGCUAUCACGUGACACCUUUGGUGUGCGUCCUCUUUUUUAUGACGUCACGAAAAAUAAUAUUCUUGGUGUAUGCUCAGAGGUUAAAGGUCUUUGCGAUUUUAAAAUCAACGGUCACAAAGCGUUUCAACCCCAGCAUUUACCUCCUGGGCAUUCCAUGGUUUGUAAGAUAUCAGAGGACGGAAAAGUAUCAAAGGCUGCCCCUGUUCAGUUUCAUAGAAUCGGAAAAAUGCCAGCACACUUUUUACAUCAGGCCAAUAAAUUAAACAAUGGUUACACAAAGGAAGCUAUUUAUAACAACUUACGAUGCCUUAUUUACGAAGCGGUGGAGAAACGUCUGAUCGGCCAAAGAAGCCUCGCAAGUUUAUUAUCAGGGGGCUUGGACUCCUCCCUGAUAAGUGCAAUCACGGUCAUGAAAAUGAGGGAAAGGGGAGACAAAAAACCUUUACAAACAUUUACAAUUGGAAUGGCGGAAAGUCCUGAUGUAACAGCAGCCCGAGAAGUGGCAAGCUAUAUAGGUAGCGACCAUAGCGAGAUCACCUUCACACCAACUGAAGGAAUGAAUGCCUUGGAGACAGUUAUUUACACUCUUGAAACUUAUGACCCUUUAACAAUUCGGAUUGCCGUUCCAUUGUACCUGUUGUGUGGUUACAUAAGUGAAAACACCGACAAUGUAUUAAUCAUGACGGGAGAGGGCGCUGAUGAGCUAGCGCAAGGAUAUUUGUAUUUCCACAAGCAACCUACAGCAAAGGAUGGGGACAUAGAAAGCAGGUAUAUAACAUACCAUUAUUUGUUCAUCCUUUUAAACACGUUAGCGAAGAUCAUAUUAAAAG